GCUGCUGGUUCAUGUUGCUCUUCACAGUACGCCAUGAUUUAGGUUUUCCUGCCUCUGUUUUAGACUCUGAAGAAGAGCCCGAGGCUUCGCUAUCCCAGUUUCGCGCCUCUGCGUUCUGCGAAGACCUGUCGCUUGCGUUUGUAGUCACUCAAGCGGGAGUCGACUCGUAACACUUCAGUGAUUGGGUCUGACCCAUGGUGGAUCGAAGCCACGUUUUUUCUAGCAGUCGCCGUAAAAACUAUUUUUUGAGCUAGUAGCCGAUUCCAUUAAUAACUUUUUUCAUGGCGGGGUUGUGUAUAGCGUGUACGGAAGGUCGGGUUAGAAUCCAAGCCCUUCUGGAUGCGAGAUGAAGAGAGAAACUGGACGAGCUCGCACGCCUUUUAUACGAAACCACCAUCGGCUCACCUUCAUUCCUGUCUCCUGGACCUCUCGUGUGCGAAAAGCCACGCCUACACAGUCACAAGUAGCGCCAGCGCCUCUUCCCCUCGAUAUAAUGCCUCCUCCCGUCGACCUCUCCUCUCAACCUCGUCCCGGUACCGCAGGCAGUACACCCCGAGGGGUAAACCAGGACUGGUUACCCGCAGAUGGAGGGGUACGAGGGGGUAACCAGGAGAAGUUACCCGAGAAAAAGGUUACCCCCACUCUUAGCGUCGCACAUAGAGUCGCUUCUUUCAGGCAAAUGGCUGGGGAGGCCAGGAGCUCCUCUCCCGGACCUGCGAGCUCGGGAAGAUUCGGAACCGGCGCUGCAGGUUCGGCGAGCUUGUUUGGGCGUGGUUCGGCUGAAGCUGGUUCGGAGGAAGUUGGGUUGGAGGUGCAGCUAGGGCAGCUGAGAAUAAAGAAUACAGAUUUGAAGCUUAAUGUGGAGAAUUUGCAAGCAGAGCUGAAGGCUUCUAAAGAGCAGAUCGGGCAGCUGACAAAAGAAAUUGAGGCUUGGAAGAAGGAGGGAGUUUCGAAAGACACUGCUGCUGAGAUGAAAGCGGAGAUUGAGAAACUAAGGAAUGAACUGGCAGAGAGCAAAGGAGGAGGGGGGAAGGGGCUGGGGGGACUGGGAGAGAGAGAUAAGGAAAUUAAGGAGAUGGAAGAGAAAAUGAUGAUAAUGGAAGUAGACGUUGGGAAGUAUAAAUUCGUGCAUGACAGCUUAAAAGAGAGGGUAGAAAGGCUGACCAGGGAUAACAAGAAACGAAUUGCGUCUGAGAAGGAGGCUCUUGAUGCGAUUGGGAAAGUGAGGGAGGAGAAGGAGGAGGUGGAGAGGAGAUUGGCGGAGGUCGAGAUGGAAAGGGAUGAGGCGAAGAGGAGGUGUGAGGAGGCGGAGAAAGGGAGGGAAGAGGCUGUGAGGGUGAGGGAGGAGGUGGAGGUGAGGAGAGAUGAGGAUGUGGCAGCUGUGCGGAAAAGACUGGGGGAAGAGAGGAGGAGAGUGGAGGAGGAGAGGGAUGGAGUGGUGAAGGCGAAGGAGGAGGUGGUACGGGAGAAAGAGAGACUGAUAAAGAGAGUGGAGGAGGAGGAGAGGAGGCGAGAGGAGGCUGAGGGCGGGAGACGAGAGGCGGAGGAGGAGAGGGCACGAGCUGGAAGGGAGAGGGAGCAGGCGUGGAAGGAGAGAGAAGAAGCGGAGGCAGCGCGCAGGGACGCGGAGAAGGAUAGGGAUGAGGCGGUUAAGGCCAAGGAGGAGGCGGAAGCGAGACGGGAAGAAGCAGAAAGUGCUCGUGAAGCUGCAGAAAGGAAGCAAGAGGAGGCAGAGCGGGAGAAAGAGCAGGCAGAGGAAGCGAAGUCAGAAGCAGAGGCACGGAAGGAGGAGGCUGAGGUGGAGAGACAGAAGGCGGAAGAAGAGAAGGAACAGGCGAAGAACGAGAGAGAAGUGGCGGAGGCAGCACGGGGGGAGGCGGAGAAGGAGAGGGAUGAGGCGGUAAAGGCUAAGGAGGAGGCGGAGGGGAAACGAGUGGAGGCAGAAAACGCUCGUGAGGAGACGGAGAAGAGGCAAGAGGAGGCAGAUCAGAGGAGGGAGGAGGCAGAAAGCAGAAGAGAGGAGGCGAAGAGGGAGAAGGAGCAAGCAGAGAAAGCAAGGGCAGAGGCAGAGGCAAGGAGAAGCGAGGCAGAGAGGGAGAAGGAGCAAGCAGAGGAAGCAAGGGCAGAGGCAGAGGCAAGGAGAGACGAGGCGGAGAGGUCUCAAGCAGAGGCUGAGGCGAGGCUAGCAGAGGGAGAAAAGGCGAAGGAAGAGGCGGAUAAGGCAAGAGAGGAGGCGGAUAAGGCAAAGGAAGAGGCAGAGAAAGCAAGGGAGCAGGCAGAGAAGUCAAAGGAGGAAGCCGAGAAGGCAAGAGAGGAAGCAGAGAAGGCAAAGGAGGAGGCGGAGGCAGCAAAGAGUGAGGCUGAAGAGAAGCUAGCAGUGGCUGAGGAGGGCAGGUGUGCAGCUGAGCAGGCUCGGUCCGAGGCUGACGAGCAAUCAGCUGAGGCAGAGAAGAAGAGACUAGCGGCCGAGGAGGCUCGGGCCGAAGCAAGGAAGCAGGUGGGGGAGGCAGAGGAGGCACGGGAGAAGGCUGAGCAGGCUCGGGCCGAAGCUGAAGAGAGGAAGCAGGAUGCCGAGAGAAGAAGGGAGGAUGCUGAGAUGAAGCAGAAGGAAGCUGAGGAGAGAGCGGAGGAGGCAGAGGGGGGAAGGAAGGAGGCAGAAGAGAGAAGGAGGGAGGCCGAGAGGGGGAGGGAGGAGGCUGUGGGGUUGAGGGCUGAGGCAGACGCGAGGAGAGAAGCAGCGGAGAAAGCGAAGGAGGAGGCGGAGGAGAAGCAACGAGAGGCAGAGAAAGCACGGGCUGCAGCUGAAGAGGCGCGGGAGGGAAGUGAGAAGGCUCGACUGGAAGCUGAGACAAGGGGCAGAGAGGCUGAGAAGGCAAAAGAGGUGGCUGAGAAAGCAAGAGAGGAAGCUGAGACUGCAAGGGGAGAGGCGGAAAGGGAAAAGGUUGAAGCGAUAAAGGCGAGAGAAGCAGCAAAGGCGCAAUGCGAGGAGGCUGAGAAUGGUCGAGUGGAAGCAGAGAGAAAACAAGCAGAGGGUGAGAAGAUGCAAGCAGAGGCAGAGAGAAAGCAGGCAGAGGCAGAGGCGGCACGGGAAGAAGCAGUGGAAGCGAGACAGCGAGCAGAGGUACGGAGGGAGGAGGCUGAGAGGAAGCAAGCCGAGGCUGAGAGAACGGAGGCAGAUGCGAAAACAAAACAGGCAGAAGCAGAGGUGGCAAGGGAAGAAGCAGACGCAGCACGAGCAGCAGCGGAGGUGAGAAUGGCUGAAGCGGAGAGGGAUAGGGAUGAGGCGUUGGCUGCUAGGGACGGGGCGUUGGCAGCAAAGGCUGCUGCAGUAGCGGCUAAGGAAGAGGGUGAUACAGCAAAGGAAGAAGCUGAGAAGGCGAGAGAGGAAGCUGAGAAGGAAAGGGAGGAAGCGGAGAAGGCAAGAGAUGAAGCUGAGAAGAGACUGGAAGAGGCUGAGAGGAGGAGAGGCGAGGCGGAAACAGCAAAGGAGGAGGCUGAGAGGAGGAGGGAAGAAGCAGAAAUAGCAAAGGAGGAGGCUGAGAGGAGGAGGGAAGAGGCAGAAACAGCAAAGGAGGAGGCUGAGAGGAGGAGGGAAGAAGCAGAAACAGCAAAGGAGGAGGCUGAGAGGAGGAGGGAAGAGGCAGAAACAGAAAAGGAGGAGGCUGAGAGGAGGAGGGAAGAGGCAGAAACAGCAAAGGAGGAGGCUGAGAGGAGGAGGGAAAAGGCAGAAACAGCAAAGGAGGAGGCUGAGAGGAGGAGGGAAGAGGCAGAAACAGCAAAGGAGGAGGCUGAGAGGAGGAGGGAAGAGGCAGAAACAGCUAAGGAGGAGGCUGAGAGGAGGAGGGAAGAGGCGGAAACGGCAAAGGAGGAGGCGACAAAGGCCAAGGAGGUGGCUGAAGAGAAGCAGGAGGAGGCAGAGAAGGCUCUGGCGGAGGCAGAGUUGAGAAGGGAGGAGGCAGAAGGAGCGAGGGAUGAGGCUGAAAGUGCGAAGGAGGAGGCUGAGGAGAGGAAGGAAGAGGCAGAGGAGGCAAAGGCAGCGGCAGAAGCGAGAGAGAAGGCAGAGGUGGAGAGGGAGGAGAGUGCGAGAGCAAGGGAAGAGGGUGAGAGGAGGGUAGAGGAGGCAGAGAAGAAAAGAGAGGAGGCAGAGGAGGGAAGGCGAGAGGCGGAAAGGGAGAAGGAUGCAGCUGAGGCGAAGAGAGCAGAGGCUGAGACUGCUUGUGCGGAGGCCAUGGCUGCUUGUGAGGAAGCAGUGAAGGAACGAGAGGAGGGAGACGAGAGGAGGCGUGAGGCGGAGAGGGAGAGGGAGGAGGCUGGGAAGAGGGCAGUGGAAGCGGAGGAAAGGGCAAGAGAGGCAGAGGCGAGAGCAAGUGGAGCAGAGAGGGCGGAGCGAGAGGCGAGGGAAGAAAGUGAGUUUGCAAGGAAGGCACAGGAGGAAGCAGAGCAAGCACGGGAGGUAGCUGUUAGAGGUCGAGAGGCAGCUGUGAAGGCGAAACAAGAAGCGGAGCAGGCACAUGCAGCAGCGGAAAUGCUGAUGAACGAGGCAGUUUCAGCACAGGAGGAAGCGGAGAUGGGAAGAGAGGAGGCGGAUAAGAGAAGAGAGGAGGCGGAUAAGAGAAGAGAGGAGGCGGAGAAGGGAAGAGAGGAGGCGGAGAAGGGAAGAGAGGAGGCGGAGAAGGGAAGAGAGGAGGCGGAGAAGGGAAGAGAGGAGGCGGAGAAGGAGAGGAAGGAGGCGGUGAGGGGCAGGCGAGAAGCGGAGAGAGCUCAGGCGGAGGCGGAGAGACAGAGGGACGAGGCGGAGAGAAGAAUGGCUGGGGCCGGGAUGAGCAAAGAUGAGGCGGAGAGGGAGAGGGAGGAGGCGCACCGGGGGAGGGCUGAGGCGGAAAGAAGAAUGGAGGAGGCGGAGAGCAGGAAAGAGGAGGCGCAGAGGAGGAGAGAGGAGGCGGAGAGAGCCAGGGACGUUGCUGAGAAGGCGAGAGAGGAGGCCGUUAGUGAGAGGGACGAGGCACUGCGAGGGAAGGCUGAGGCAGAGGAGAGGAGGGUGGAGGCAGAGAGGAGGGAAAGCGAGGCGGGGGAGAGGGAGAGGGGGGCAGUGAAGGCUCGGGAGGAUGCUGAGAAGGCCCUGAGAGAGGGAGAGAAGGCUUUGGAGGAGGGUGAGAGAAAGCGAGUGGAAGCAGAGAGGGCUAGAGAUGCUGCCGAGGCGAAGGCACAGGAGCUAUUGAGGGCGGUAGAAGAGGCAGAGAGUAGGAGAGUGGAAAUGGAAGGUGUGGCAGAUGAGGCAGAGGGGGCUAGAGCUGCUGCUGAGGCGAAGGUGGUUGAGGCAGGGAGGUUGGUAGAAGAGGCUGUGAGACAGAAGGAGGAGGCGGAAAGAGAGAGAAAGGAGGCUCUUGAGGCGAGGGUAGAGGCCGAGGAGAGGAGUGUGGAGGCAGAGAGGGCUAGAGAUGCUGCUGAGGCGAAGGCAGUUGAGGCAGAGAGGCAGGUGGAAGAGGCGGAGAAGGCCAGAAAGGCAGCGGAGGAGGAAAGGGAGAAGGCACUUGAGGCAAAGGCAGGAGCGGAAGAGAGGAGGGUGGAGGCGGAGAAGGCAAGGAGGGCAGCUGAGGAUGAGAGGGACGAGGCGCUUGAGGCAAAGGCAGGGGCAGAGGAGAGGAGGGUGGAGGCAGAGAGGGCUAGAGAAGAGGCAGAGAAGGCAGGAAAGGCAGCUGAGGAUGAGAGGGAUGAAGCACUUGAGGCAAAGGCAGGGGCAGAGGAGGGGAGGGUGGAGGCUGAGAGGGCUUUAGAAGAGGCGGAGAAGGCGAGGAGGGCAGCGGAGGAUGAGAGGGAUGAAGCACUUGAGGCAAAGGCAAAGGCAGAGGAGGGGAGGGUGGAGGCUGAGAGGGCUUUAGAAGAGGCGGAGAAGGCGAGGAGGGCAGCGGAGGAUGAGAGGGACGAGGCACUGAGAGGUGAGGAGUGCGCUGUGGAGGAGAGGUACGAACUGGUGCAGUCCCUCGACAGGGCGAUCGAGGACAAGGAGGAUUUGAGAAAGGCUCUUGAAGGGGCGGUUGAGGAGAACGAGGAUUUGAGAAAGGCUCUUGAGGGGGCGGUUGAGGAGAAGGAGGAUUUGAGGAAGGCUCUUGAGGGGGCGGUUGAGGAAAAGGAUGAGGUGAUGCAGUCGCUGGACAGGGCGGAAGAGGAGAGGGAGGAUUUGAGGAAGGCUCUUGAGACUGCGGUUGAGGAGAGGAGUGAGGCAAUGAAGGCUCUUGAGGGGGCGGUUGAGGAGAGGAAGAAUGCAGCGAGUGCCGUUGACGGGGAUGCUAAGGAGAGGUUCGAGCUGAUGCAGUCGCUGGACAGGGCGGCUGAGGAGAGGGAGGAUCUGAGGAAGGCUCUUGAGGGGGCGGUUGAGGAGAGGGAGGAGGCAAUGAAGGCUCUUGAGACUGCGGUUGAGGAGAGGGAUGAGUUGAGGAGGGCUCUUGAGGGGGUGACUGGAGAGCGGGAUGAAGCAACGAAGGCUGUUGAAGAUGCUGUUAGGGAGAGGGAUGAAUUGAUCAUGGCUGUUGAAAGGGCGAGAGGCGAGAGGGACGAAGCAGUCAGUGCUCUUGAAGGGGCGAUGGGCGAGAGGGAUGAAGCGGUGAAGGCUCUGGAGAAGGCGAGUGGGGAGAGUGGUGAGGUAGCGCAGGCUGUCAACGAGGCUGUAAGGGAGAGGGACGAAGCAGUCAGGGCUCUUGAAGGGGCGAUGGGAGAGAGAGAUGAAGCGAUGCGAGUGAUUGAAGAAGCAAUUAGGGGACUUAGAGAGGCGAUGGGGGAGAGGGCCACGACUGAAGCAGAAAUGGCAGGGAGGGAGGAAGCAGAGAGGAGGCGGGAAGAAGUUAAGGGAAGGCUUGAGGAACUUACAGAGAUCCUUGGGGAAAUCAAGCGGAUACAGAUGGAGUCUGAGAGGAAACUCGAGGAGGUUGAGAGGAGAUUGGGGGAAAUUGAGAAUGAGAAGGCGGAGGCAGAGAGGAGGAGGGAAGAGGCGGAGAGGAGGAGUGAGGAGGCAGAGGCGGAGAGAGAGGAAGCGGAAAGGACGAGGGAUGAAGCUGUGGCUAAGAUGGAAGAGGCAGAGGAGGCACGAGCAGAGGCAGAGAAUGGGAGGGCGGAAGAAGAGGGGAGAAGAGAGAGGGCUGAGGAGCAGAGGGGGGGAGCGGAGGAGGAGAGGGUGAGAGUGGAGGAGAGGGAUGAGGCUGAGAGGAGCAAAGAAGUUGUUUUGAGGGAAAAGGAGGAGGCAGUCGAAGCGUGGAAGGUAGCGGAGUGGAGGAGAGAGGAGGCAGAGAAGGCGCUCGGAGAGGCUUUGGAGGCAGCAGGGGAGGCAGAGGGUCAGAGGGAGGAGGCGGAGAGGGGGAGAGACGAGGCAGAGAGGAGGAGGGAAGAAGCAGAGAGGAGAGUAGAGGAGUUGGAGAAGGAGCUUUCGAAGAUUGCUGUGAAGCUUGAAGAAAUAGAGAAGGCAAAAGCAGAGGCAGAAAAGGCAGCAGAGGAGACAGAGAAGGCAAAAGCAGAGGCGGAAGAGGCAGCAGAGGAGACAGAGGCGUCAACAGCAGAGGCAGAAGAGGCAGCAGAGGAAGAAAGGGCAGCAGAGGAGACAGAUAAGGCAGCAGCGGAGGCAGAAGAGGCAGCAGAGGAGACAGGGAAGGGGGGUUGGGAAACAGAAGGAGCAGCAGGUGAGGCUGGAAGGGCUGAGACGGCAGCAGGUGAGGCAAGUGAAUGGGAGGUGGAAAAGGAGGUUGAGGAGUUGAGGGAGGUGGAGGAGUUGAGGGAACGGAUCAGUUGCCUGGAGAAGGAGAAGGAGGAGGCUGAGAGGGAGAGGGAAGAGGCUGAGAGACGAUUGGGGGAGAUGCAGGAGGUGAUGGACGAGGAGAGAAAGGCGAGAGAGGAGGCCGUGAGAGAGAAGGAGGAAGCAAAAAGGAAGGCAGAAAAGGCUGAAAUACGAGCAGAGGAAGCUGGAAAGGCGAGUGAGGAAGCAGAGAGGAGGGCGAAAGAAGCAGAAGAAGCAAGAGCGGACGCCGAUAGGAAGGUGACAGAGGCAGAAGAAGCAAGAGAUGGGCUGCAGGAGCGUUCGGAAGAAGCAGAGGGCGCAUGGCAGGUGGCAGAGGCAGCGAGAGAUGAGGCAGAGAGGAGAUUAGAAGCACUAGAGCAUCCCUUGAAGGAACCAGAGGGGGCAAGAGGCGAGUCGGAGAGGAGAAGGGAAGAAGCAGAGGGAGGUGGUGAGGAGGUGGAGAGGACAGUAGGAGAGAUGGAGAGGCGUCUGAGGGAGGCUGAGGCCGCGAGAGAAGAGGCGGAGAGGAGAAGAGAAGUGGCAGAGGAAGGUUGGAAGGAGGCGGAGGCUGCGAGGGAGGAGAUGGAGAGGGCGAAAGAGGAUGCUGAGGCGAGCUGGGAAGAGGCGCUGGGCAUGCUGGGUGAGGCGGAGAGGGGGAGAGAAGAAGCCGAGAGGGGGAGAGAGGAGGCGGAAAGAGCAAGAGAAGAGGCAACGAAAGCGAGAGAGAAGGCAGAAAGUGGGAGAGAGGAGGCGGAGAAGACGAGAGUGGAAGCUGAAAGGUUGGGGAAGGAGGCAGAGAGGGGGGGGGAGGAGGCGGAAGGCAAGGAACGUGGGAAGGCAGUGGGAGGGUUAUUGAAGGAGGCUAAGUGCGGGCUGCAAGGGCUGCAAGGGGAGGCAAUGGGAAGGCGGAGGAUAUCAGGAGCGUUGGUAGAGGGGCAAGUUGAGGCACUUAGGUCUGACGAGGGCGUGGUCGUCUCAGAAUCUGGUGCGGCAGUUGCAGAGGAGAGAGUGGUAGAGGGAGAAGUAGUGGGAGAGGUGGAAGGAGAAGAUGAUACGGGGGGAGAGGAGGGAGUGGAUGGAAUGGCGGGUAGUGGAUUGCUGAAUAGUCGCGGAGUGGAGGCGGCUAGGGCUGCAGAGGAGAUUGUUAGCGAGUACGGGCCAAGAGAGGGCAAAGGGAGGGGAGUGGCGUCCAGCAUUGAGGAGGAAGGAGGCACUGGAGAGGUGACUGAGGAGGAGGAGGAUAAGGGGUGCAGUGGGGAGGAGGCGGACAGGGAGAGCAGCGGGGGGGAGGAGGAGCAGGUGAAGGGAGUGAUCUCGCACUGCACACAGAAAGAAAUGCUGCCUGUGGAUCUUGCUGCUGCUGCUGAGGUUGCAGACAGAGGGUGGACGAAUACUGAGAGCAUGGGGCCGGAUGGAAGGGUAGGCAUGUGCGCGGGUAUGGAGUUUGAUGGGAUGAGAAGCAUGAGUUUGGCAGAGGAGUUAGGAAGGGAGAGGGACGAGUUGAGAGCGCAGUGGGAGGAGAUGCGAGACAAGUGGGAGGCGGCGGAGGAUAGAGGGAGGGAGCUGGAGGCGCUUGUGAGUAAAACGGGCGUGCAGUUAGAGAGGGUGGUUGGGCGGAAUAGAGAGGUGGAAGGGUUGCUGGAGGAACGGGAGGUGGGGCUGAGGAGGACGGAAGAGGAGAAAAGGGAAGUGGAGAUGCUUUUAAAGAGGAUGGAAGUAGAGAAGAGGGAGUUGGAGGCAAUGGUGGCACAGAUGGCCAAAGGGAGGGGUGGGGAGGAGGAGAGAGAGGGAGGUGGAGCGGAGAAGGCAGAGGAAGUUGGGAGGGAGAGCGUUGAUGAGGGGGUGAAGGGACGGGAUGGUGUGGAGGGAAGGUGGGAGGGAGCGAGGAAGGAUGCAAAAGGGUUGGAAGGAGGAGAGGAAGGGGGAGAGGGUGGGGAGGGCGGCGAGGGAGCGGAGGUGGGGGGUGGGGAGAAUGGUCGCACUUCUGGGAGGGAGGACGGGGAGGUGAGAAUUGAUUUUUCUGAUGGGGGUAGUGAGUUUGAGAGGAUGAGGAUGGGAGAGAGUGUGGGGGAAGGGGAUUGGUGGGCUGAAUGGGCGGAUGAGGCAGAGAGGGGCAGGGUAGAGGCAGAUAGGAAGAGGGAUGAAGCAGUGGAAGCAAGAGAGGAGGCAGGGAGGGAGCGGGAUGAGGCGUCCAGAGCAAGGGAUGAUGCAGAGAGGGCAAGGGAAGAAGCGGAAUUGAGCCUUGAAGAGGUGGAGAAGCAGAGAGAUGACGCAUUCAAAGCAAGGGACGAAGCCGUGAAAGCGUGCGAGGACGCUGAGGAGGCAAGAAGAGAGGCUGAGAAGGCGAGGGAUGAAGUGCUGGAAGAAAGGGAGGCGAUUCAGCAGUCGUGGAAUGAUGCUGUGGAGGGAAGGAGAGAGGCAGAGGCGAGGCUUGAGGCACUGCAGAACGCAAUUGAUGAGGCUGAGAUGGCACGGGCAGAGGCUGAGACAGCAAGGGCAGAGGCUGAGAAGGCGUGGAAGGAGGCGGAGGAGAAGGUGGCAGAGGCGGAAGAGAGGAGCGAGGAGGAGAAGAAAGCAAGGGAGGAAGCAGAGAGGGCAAGGGAAGGAGCAGAAGAGGCAAGAGAGGGAGCGGAGAAGGCAAGGGACGAGGCCAUGGCACUCCAAGCCAUGCCGUGCACUGCAUGUGCGGAAAAGGACGAGGCAAUGCAAUCCAUUCUCAACGAGCUUGUUGCCGCCCAGGCUGCCUCCGAAGCUGCCGUAGCCUCGGCAGCUACCAAUGCUGCUGAGGAGGUUCGGACGGAGCUUCGGAUGGCACAGGAAGGGUGGGAGAAACGGCUGAGCGAAGUGGAAGGGGAGCUGGAGCGCGUGAGAGGGGAGGGGAUGAGUCUUGAGAAGAGAGUAAAGGAAGCGGAGGAAGAGAGUGUGCGGUUGCAAGAGGAGGUGGAGGCUGAGAGGAAGGGGAGGGAGCAGGAGAGGACAGCAAAGGAAGAGGAGAGGAAGGCGAAGGAGGAGGAGAGAGAGAGAAGGGAGAAGGCAGAGGCGGGGAGGAGGGCAGCGGAGGAGGAGGCGCAGUUGACCAGGGAGGAUCUAGAGGUGAUGAGGGACGCCAAGAGGGAGACGGUGCGCAAUCUGACCGACUCCCUGGUGGCGGCGGAGGAGCAGCGGAAGAGGCUGCUCUACCUGCUGCGAAAAGCUAAAGUCAUUGACGGCCUUUAGCAGCGGCUGCGCCAUUGCAACACGUCACCAGGACAUGAUAAAAGCACAAUACACCAUUGCACCAUUCUCAAGAAAUCAUCAGUCAUACGUGCCCUAGUGGUUGCAACUUGCUUCUCGAAGGAGACAUUUCCCCACAAUUGAUGUGUCUUGUAUGGUUUGUAUAGUGUACCAUCCUUAU